AUGGUUCGGAUACGAAGAAAAUUCGCCUUCAUUCUAUGUGGCGUGACCGUUUUUCUGUUCCUAAUACUUUAUGUCGUACUGAACUACUCAGUUGCCGAUCGGACUCGCGUUCAAGAUAUAACGUACCUGGAGAGUAAAAUAAAACAACUGGAGAAUGGAUUGAAUAAGCACCACCAGGAGUUUGGCGAUAUUCGCAAGCAAAUUGACACGAUUCGUGGCGCAGUUGAUGGUGGUGAUGAUGCGUAUGCUGACAGCAAAAUACUUGAUAAGGCACCGCUGCUCGGUGACCGAGAGAUGAUGAAGGAAUCGGUCAUAAAUGCGAACGGCGGUGGUGCCGGAACGUGUGCACUGCGAACGGACAUUAUUCCCCAGCCGGAUGUGCAAAUGUUGAAGCUAUACGAGGAGGUAUCGUUUGAAAAUAUUGAUGGUGGCGUGUGGAAGCAAGGUUGGCAGAUAAAAUAUCAUCCCAGUGAGUGGAACAGCCACCAUAAGCUGCACGUGUUUGUCGUUCCGCACAGCCAUAAUGAUCCCGGUUGGAUCCAAACGUUCGAUGAGUAUUACGAGCGCUCGACAAAGAACAUUUUCGCAAAUAUGCUAAGACACUUGGACGAAAAUGCGGGUUUGCGGUUCAUUUGGGCGGAAAUAAGCUACUUCGCGCAAUGGUACGAUAAGCUGGCAGCGGAACAGAAAGAUACGGUUAAGCGAUUGGUGAAGAACCACCAGCUAGAGUUUGUUACGGGCGGAUGGGUAAUGCCAGAUGAGGCGAAUGCGCACUGGUACUCGAUGCUGUUGCAGCUUACCGAAGGCCAAACGUGGCUUAAAACGCGUCUCAACGUAACACCGGUGUCAAGCUGGUCGAUCGAUCCAUUCGGACAAUCGGCCACCAUGCCGUUCAUUUUGAAGCAGUCGGGGUUUGAGAAUCUGCUCAUUCAACGCACACAUUACAUCGUGAAGAAGAAUCUGGCUCUCAAGAAGCAUCUGGAAUUCCGUUGGCGCCAGCUAUGGGAUACGCGGGGUGAUACGGAUCUUUUUACGCACAUGAUGCCAUUUUAUUCGUACGAUGUGCCACACACGUGUGGUCCGGAUCCGAAGAUAUGCUGCCAGUUCGAUUUCAAACGUUUGCCGAGCAUGGGUCUCAGCUGCCCUUGGCACGUACCGCCCCGUCCCAUCAGCGAUCAGAAUGUGGCCGAACGGGCCGAGCUAAUAGUGGACCAGUGGCGCAAAAAGUCCGUUCUGUACCGAACCAGAAAUGUGCUUAUUCCGCUCGGUGAUGAUUUUCGUUACACCACGAGCAGUGAGUGGGAAGCUCAGCGGGUCAAUUUCGAGCGACUGUUUGACUACAUCAACAACGAACCGUCGCUAAAUGUGGAGGCAAAGUUUGCCACACUGCAGGACUAUUUCGAUGCGGUACGUGCCACCAGUGGUGCAAAUGGAAUGGAACAGUUUCCCUCGCUGACGGGCGAUUUCUUCACAUAUGCCGACGUUAAUCAGGAUUAUUGGAGCGGCUAUUUUACGUCACGACCGUACCACAAACGGCAGGAUAGGAUUUUGCUACACUACAUUCGUUCUGCUGAGAUGCUGCAUGCUUGGAAUGUGUGGGAACCGGCGAGCGAUUGGAAGCCGCUAGCGGACCGGUUGGAAUAUGCACGGCGGCAGCUGUCACUGUUCCAGCAUCACGACGGCAUCACCGGCACGGCAAAGGAUCACGUUAUGGAGGACUACGCCCAGCGCAUGUCACGUGCGAUCGAAGAUUGUAAAUUCGUUAUGCAGCAGACGGUUUAUCGAAUGCUUACGAAACCCUCGGUUUAUCAUCCGGAUCCGGCCUUCAGUUACCUCUCGAUCGAUGAUUCCCGUACGGUCAAUGGAUGGAUGGACAAUGCACGACCGACCAUCAUACUGGGAGAAGAGCUACCGAGCAAGCAGGUGGUUCUGCAUAACUCUCUUCCGUAUACACGCUCGGAAGUGGUCGAGUUUUACGUGGCCAGUCCGUUCGUGAUGGUUCUGGAUGCAAGUGGAGGCACGGUACCGAGUCAAAUCGCACCCGUGUGGUCGUGGCACACCCGUCCGGACGGUAUAAGUCAACCGCAACCUUCAAAUACUAAAUAUAGAUUAUUAUUCCGCGCCAACGUUCCACCGUUGGGAUUGAGUGUCUACACUAUCAAUUCUAGAAAUAGCGCAGAGGAAUCACUUGGCGUCACGUAUACGAAAGCGAUCAUAUUGUCCAAGUCUCCGUUCACCGUUAAUCUGGCCGCAGGGUAUCCGGAGGAUAUUGACCACGCAUCACCGACGGAAAUGUCUUUACGGUUUGAGGACGGCGGUUCAACAAGUGCUGCUUUUACGUCGAAGGGUUUACUGAAAUCGCUCACGAUCGAAAAUAAUCAGGCGACGGUGCCGGUGCACCUAGAAUUCUAUCGCUACGGUAUGCAACUUAGCUCGGGCAAGAGCGGUGCAUACCUUUUCCAUCCGGCUGGCAACGCCACUCUGCUUACCUACGAGCAACCGAUCGUGCUGGUCAUGAAGGGUCCGCUAGAAACGAGCAUUACCGCUGGUUUACCGUUUGCCGUACAUCAAACGAUUCUGCGGGACGAUACUGUGGAAAUUCGCAACUUGGUGGAUAUUGGCCACCGAGACAACACGGAAAUAGUGAUGCGUUUGCAGACAAAUAUCAACAGCGGUGCUACCUUCUACACCGAUCUGAAUGGUAUGCAGAUCAUCAAACGCAAACGAUUCCAGAAGCUUCCGAUCCAGGCAAACUACUAUCCCGUCCCGUCGAGUAUGUUUAUCGAGGAUGACUUUUACCGCUUGACGUUGCUCGGCGGACAGCCACUCGGUGGUUCGUCGCUGAGCUCCGGUGAAAUGGAAAUCAUGCAAGAUCGUCGACUUACGCGUGAUGAUGAUCGUGGGUUGGGUCAGGGUGUUCAGGAUAACAUGCCAGUGAUGCACCUGUUCCGGUUGGUCCUGGAGUCGCGAGAAUCGUGCACCAAACCGGAUCCCGAUUAUCCGUCCGGUUUUCUAACACUUCCAGCCCAUUCACAACUACAGAGCUUACUUCAUCCGCUAGAUAAACUGAUCUACAACGAAAACUAUUGGACGGGAUUGCAAAAGGAAGGUUUUGGAGCGCGUCACGAACCGUUGGAACGGGGACUCGAAGUCGUUGCCAUCCGUGAGUUACCCCACGUGAACUUUGGUAGGACAUCAGGAGCAUCACCUAUUGGGUUGAUUGUUCAUCGGACCAAUUUCGAAGACUGCGGGUCGGAGGCAAACAUGGAAGGAAUGUUGAACAUCAAGAAACUUCUCACCCUUGACGAUGGACACGAUAUUUAUUCAUCUCGAUUGACGUUGCUGAAACCCUUGGAAAUGGUUCAAUCGGAUGACAUUAGCCUCUGUCCAAUGGAUGCCAAAGCGUACAUAGUAAAACGAUAA